AGAGCGAGUUUCCUUGCAGCAGCAUCGGGACUAUUUAGCCGUAGUGUCCAUCAGCCCCGCUUUUGUCAGCAAUCAUAUGCGUUGUACCCUAUAUCCACUGCUUGGUGCACAGUGGUCUGGCCUGGACGUCAACGUGUAUUUUCUGUGCACAGUCAGAAACUGUCGCGGUGUCGCAGACUUGAGGGAAAACGAGCAAUUGGUGGUGCUGCGCGGAUGCAUGAAACGGAGACGGAGAGAAGCCUGGAAUAAUGCGUGAUUAAGGAUAUCCCCGAUUGCUUGCCGUUAUUUUGAGGCUGGACCUGAAAACCAACUGAAGGGUAGGCUGUGAGUUUCUGAUGAUUGACAAAGACCACCUUCAGAAAAGUGAAGGAAUAUCAUGCAUUUGUCACCCACCAGCAGCUGAAGAAGAUCUCAAUAACCAGAGGCCAUGGAGGACCCCUACAAGGACAGCAUUCCUGUGGACAUGGGGAGCACGCAAGGCGAAAUGUGCUCCACUGGAGGAACCGUAGGAGAGGGCAUUGGUAAAUUAGAAGAUGACGGGAAUCCUGUCAUUCCUAACGAGGCAUGGAAUGUUGGCUCACCAACCUUGACCAAGAGGUCCCUCUCGCCAAUGUUGGGUGUGCCUGGCACGACGCCUGUUGUAACUCAGACAGCUGACUCGCCAGGAGGGGUUGCUCUCAAAAUGGCCACCACGGUUCUUCAGCCCAUCUGCCUGGGGGACAGUCCAAUGAUGUUGCCUAUUCUGGCAGGCACAGCUGGCCCACAGGUGGCGCAACCAGGCACAGCGCCAUACUUGGUCACCGCCCAAGGUCCCGUCUCCCUGCCUCUGGUGCUGGAGCAGCAGGUCUUCCAGCACCUAACGCCGCAGCUCCUGCAGCAAGCAGGCUGUCCUACCCUCUCCUUACCAAACAACAUCUUGUGCCAGAAUGCCUCGUUGGCACUCGCACCACCCCCAUCGUUGGAUCAGAAAGGAGCAGCUCCCAUGUUGGACCAGAGCUUGCUCACCCUUCUGCAGAACCCCAACUUUGCUGCUAUCCUGCAGGACCUCUUCCCUUCCCAGGCGAACCCUUCGCCCACCUGUCAUUCUGCUGGUUCCCCCCAGCCGGACCUUUUCUCGACUGGAUUCUUCCCACCACCACCCCUUUCCCACCCCUACAGCUCCCCACUGGCUACCCUGAUGCCUCCACCCACCCUGCUGGUCCCCUAUCCCAUCGUCGUCCCUCUACCAGUGCCUCUUCCUAUCCCAAUUCCCAUCCCUAUCCCUGUCCCGCAGCAGGCAGAGGACUCCAAAGUGGCUCCAGACCCCCCAAAGCCAGUGUGUACUUUGAGCCAGGGUACGCAGACAUCGACAAAAGAUUUUGGCCUUAGCAUGCCAUCACCUAGUGUUGAGACUGGCCCAUCCAUGCACCUGUCUCCUUUGCCAUCUUGUCUUUCUGUGCCAGAGGGAGAGGUUCUGGACCUGUCGAUCCGGGCACCUCCCAUAAAGACAAAACAGGAAGUGCCAUGCCAACAAGACAGUGUCCUUGACCUGUCCGUUGGUGGCGUUAGAAAGACCUGUAUCCAGUCCUGCAGUUCCAACGGGAGCAUGGAGGGUGAGAGAGAUCGUACCCGUCACUCGGGCGAGGACAUAGGCACGGGAGCUAUAUCUUUAGGGGUGUUGCGGCCAGUGGAGUGCUCUCCCAAGCUGGACUCGAAGCUCCUCAGUGGCCUAGCGUCCUUAGAGUUUAGCCGGCAGCACAAGUGGGUUGUGGAUAGCGCUGGUAGUAGCUCGAUGGCCGGUACAGUCCAUGACGGAGCGCUUGGUGCAGGGGGGAACAUAGAGAUUGUCAGCACUUCACAGACAGCCAAGGUCAUUGUGUCUGUCAAGGAUGCCAUGCCGGCCAUCUUCUGUGGCAAACUGAAGGGUCUCUCUGGCGUCUCCACCAAAAACUUCUCCAUCAAGCGGGAUGCCAGCCAGGGUGGCUACGCGGCCUUGCCCAGGAUGCCGGGGGACCAGCGGGGCAGCGAUUCCAACGACCCACUCAAAAAAAUGUCGAAGAACAGAUCCAUCAAAUUGAAAAAGGUCAGCUCCCAGGAGAUCCACAUUCUCCCAAUAAAGAAACAGCGACUGGCAGCCUUUCUCCCCAGGAAGUGAGGGCACGGCACUGGCAGGUGCUGAGAGAGGGAGAGCAGCGUAGCAUUUUUGGAUUUCGCAGACAUUCAUGACAGCCUUAGAGGGUCCAAACACGAACCAGGCUCUGGGAUACUCUCCAGUCUGUCCAAACAAUUCAGGCCAGUCCAAGCAGUCUUUGGUACACAAGACAGGCACUUGACCCCGUUCUUUAAAACGUAAUCAGUUGCAUGAUUGGAGGGGCUGCGUCGACAACACAGAGAAUGCAUCAAAGGCAAAAAGACACCCGGAAAGGAAAGUUGUGACAGCAGCCAAAUGACACACUGCUGCACAAUUCACUCGAGGUCUCUUCCUGAUGCAUGUGCCUAACAAGCAUUUUCAUUUCGGUCACAUGUAUCCAUGAAUCAUUCAUGAGGCUUAUCCCAGAGUUUAAUCAGACAUUAAUAUUCAUGCGGCUCCGUGCUGAAACUCAGCCAGCUGCCUCGAGCCAUCAGCGGUGAAUUCCUCCAACACCCCCAAACACAUAAUAUCUGAUAUCGCGGGAAUCAAGGGAAAUCCAUAUCACAUAUCUGUUUAACACACAGUCAGCGUGUUAUGAUCUAAAUAUCCAUAUAAUUUUACCUUAUGUGGUUUUAUUUUUUAUUGUGCCUAGGAAAUGAGUGUGUGUGUGGGGUGGGGUGGGGUGGGGGGUUGGCCUUUAAACUUCACCCAUGGUGGGAAAUCGCUGUAUUAAUCAGUGGCUCAGUCAACCGGAGCAUCUUCUUUGAUGCAGAGCGGGCUUAGCAUGGCAGGCUAAUAAUGACUUGGCAGAGGCACGGGCCUCACUUUCAUUAACUUUAAUGAACAUCGGAAAUGGCUGUCAGUGGCAACAAAGCACAGUUUUCAUCAUUUCAUCCUAAAGAAGGGAGAGAAAAGAAAAUGUAUUUUCUUUCCUGCCCCCAAGAAUCGAAACAAAAUUAUCUUCAAGGGCAGAUGGCGAAAAAACACAAAUGAUGAUUUGAUGAUGUGGGUGAGCACACUCCUCUGGUUUUUGUCUAGUUUCCGACCCUGUUCUUUUUUGCAAAGUUACUUUUCAGCGUGAAUGAAAAUAGAUAUUUGAUUGCUAAUUAGGAGCAGUUUCAACAUCAUACAUAUAGACCUUUUCAACCACAAAAAAAUACCACAGAAAUUUCAAGCUUUGACACAAACGUGUCACUUGCAACUAACAGAUAUUUAGCUUGACAGAAUACAAACUUCUCUGAAUAAGGGGGACAUAUGUUUUCAUCUAUAAAAUUUAAUAGACCAUAUGUGAAAACAGAAAUACUGAUUUCCCUGACAGCAUUUGCAAAAUGUAUCAGUUAAGUGAAUCCUGUUCCUGUUCACAUCUGUUAGUUGCAAGUGAUAAAACAAAACAAAAUUUUGCGUGAUACCCAAUUUUGCAAUAUCCAGCAAAGGUCUGCCACUUGCACAGUUUAACAAUACAUUGUCAUUUUUGUGGUUUUCCCCAACUCCAUUGUGAUAUGCCCUUUUCAUUUCUCACUUGUAACAUUGUUUGUGUGUGUGUGUGUGUGUGUGUGUGUCACACUAUGUGAAUCAAAGAAGAUAGACACUCAAUGGUCGGAGACAAAAUGUCGGGCAUGGUGUCUCCUCCCAUCUCUGAAGUGGUAUUUCAUGCCUUCGUCUGUUUCCUCAUGGUCUUACUGUGUAAUCAUGGCAUCUUAUGAUCUCACGGGCUGAUGAGAGACUGAGUGUGUUUAUGUGAGCGUGUUAACCCAAGGCGGAAAGACGUUUCCAUGGCAGCCCAUGCUGUAAUGAAAACUGACAUGUAAAUGUUGGCUUUUGGAAUACAGGGGGGAGGGAGGUGGGGGGUUCAGAAAACUGGGAAGAACUUCAGAUGUUUUCCUCCAAAGAGUGGUAAUUCAAUAUCUGACAUGAAUGGGCGCCUUUAUUUGAUAGAUGUUACAUAAACUUGUGUUGGUAAAUUUCAAAAUGGUCAUGUUUGGAAUUGAAUUACAACACACCAGUUUAUUCCCUCUACCAGCUUAUAUCUCACCUUAAACAGUAUACUCUUAAGCUGGUAAACUAUGGGGCAAUGUGAAAUAAAAUAAAUUGAUGUAAGCUUUGGGCUCAUAGUUUCAACUCUACGCCAAAGAAGUAUUGGUUUGGCCUGGGGUGCACUGUCCAUCAUGUACAUAAUAAUGGCUAUGACUGAAAUGACCUACUGUGAAGUAUGGAAGACAAAAAGGCCAGUUGGUGGUCAUGAAUUAUGGACGUACUAUAAAGUACUAUGCUGAAGUGUCUAUGAAAAAACACCUUUUGCACUGUGGACUUGAUACUGGUGAAUGGAGGGUUUCGUACAGGAUGUUAUUUAUUUCUUUGCUUUGCAGAAAACGUAGACCUGUUGAUGAUGCCAUGUCUGUACUACCGUGUUGAGUGAAUGAAUAAAUCAGUUUCAGAUUUCUGUGAAAUAUCCUGUGAAUCUGUGGCAUAAAUCUGUCAAUCAAAAAACAAACCACUCAGAUCCACUGUGGAAACAGAAACAUGUAUGCAUUUGGGUAUGCUGGUGUAAUGUGCUUGCUAGUUUGAAUGAGCAACUUUUUACAGGGCAGUAAAAAGGAAACAAAUGCCUCAAAGUUCCGUCAAAACUGCUAAUCUUCUCCUCUAGAAAACAACAUAGACUAAAUUAGCAGCAGAUUCCUCCUCCCUUUUCUGGCACAGAAAUGUAAUUAAAAAAAGAAACGGCAAGAUACAAAAAAUAUUUCCUUUCAUCUUCACUGCAUUUAAAUGGGACUCGCGUGUUUUAAAACUUGAAUCUGUGCUGACAGUCUUGCACAUUAGCAGUCAGGUGGCAAGUGUUAAGACUUAGAUAGCUUGCCAUGCCAAGUACGUUUUCCCUUUAUUUUUGACAACCAACAAACAACCACUGCGUCAGAGCCAUAUUUUGCUUUUGCUUUUUGUUUUGAGUAAGGAAGGAGCAUUGAGACUGUUUGUAUACUACGUGAAUUUAUUUAUGUUUCAGGAAGAGUUGUCCUUGAUACUUGUUGUAAUGUACAAGACAUAUUUUGUAGGUAUUGGUAUUUAAGUAUUGAAUGAGGAUUUUCUACAGGUAACCAGAAAAUGAUGACUUUUUGUAAAAAUUAAGUGAAGAAAAAAUGAAUGA